UGCAGAAUGCUGAUCGGCUGUUUGGUGCUUCUCGGAAUAAUUUUCCAGACCCUGGGUGCGGAGCAGGUGCUGGAGGAGGACACCGUACAGCGCUAUUCGAGGUCUGUGGAGACUAUGGACGAAUUGCUACUAUUGGAGGGAUAUUUGGCUCGCAAUCUGGAAAACUUCGCUGAAUAUCUCUCGCGAAAGGCCAAAACCAUACGAUGGGGAAUCUACCAGAUGAGGAAAAGGCACCGGGCUUAUAGAUCAUCUGGGACACAUGUGUUCAAUCCCUUAGAGAGUUACUCCCUCAUUCGACACAUGCAAUCGGACUGGUUAAUGUGGCAAUUGUUCCUGGAAAAGCCUGUUGGUCAAGAGCAAGUGGCCUAUGCAAAUUCAAUCAAGUCUAAAUUGCCACAGGACCAUGACUUUUUCGAUGCAGCUGAGGGGCUAAGAAAACUGCAAGCUACGUAUAAUAUGUCAUCUAAUGACGUAGCCAGGGGCUUGCUAGAUGGUGUGCAAUACAACUCUUCCUUGGCAUCCAUUGAUUGCCUAGCGAUGGCCAAGCAUCUGUUGGGUGAAGGGUGGUUGUUAGAUGCCGAGACAUGGAUUCUUCCAGGUCUUGAAGCUGACGAUGGGGAGGGUGCUCAAACAGAGAUGCAGUUGCUAAGGGGUCCAGUAAAAUCAGAGUUCUACAGAACCCAGGGAAAGGUGCAAAAGGAGCUGGAAAAUCUCACGGGUGCCCUGCAAUCCUAUCAGACUGCCCUCAAACACUCGCCCCAUGACUCGGACAUAUUUAAGGAGUAUCUCAACUUGGAGCGGAGAGCUCUACCACCAUCAGGAAUCGAACCAGAAGAUGAAGAAGACCAGGUUGAUGACCUUCAGUUUUUGCCAGAAUGUUGUAGUGGUCGCUGCGAGGUUGUCCGCAAACUGAGGAGGCUUUAUUGCGUGUACAACCAUGUAACUGCCCCUUUCCUGCGGAUAUCCCCCAUCAAAACGGAGAUUCUCUCGAUCGAACCCUUCGUGGCGUUCCUACACGACAUGGUCUUAGAAAAGGAGAGUGCUCUCAUACGAUCUUCGACCAAGAAACACUUGCUGCCCUCCGCCAUAGUCUCGGUCGAUGCCCCCAAGGGGGAGUACAAGGUCGCCAGCUCACGAACCUCCAAGUCUGUUUGGUGUCCCAACGGCUUCAACAACGCGACCCGGAUGAUAGCCAAGCGCUUGGGAGAGGCCACUGGCCUGGAUAUGUACCAUGCGGAGUUCUUCCAGGUCAUGAACUACGGGUUGGGGGGCUACUUCGAGACACAUAUAGACAUGCUGCUCUCGAACGAAUCCCGAUUCAACGGAACCCGAGAUCGCAUAGCUACCGCACUCUUCUAUCUAAAUGAUGUCCCCCAAGGAGGUGGCACCCAUUUCCCACAUCUCAACCUCACGGUGUUUCCCAAGAAGGGAUCGGUGCUCUUCUGGUACAACCUGGACUUCAAGGGUGAUGACGCCAUGGAUACCCUGCACACAGGAUGCCCGGUCAUCGUGGGCUCCAAAUGGGUUGUGAGUAAGUGGAUCACAGAUGUGGGACAAGAGUUCAGAAGGCCCUGCAUUGACUCGAUUUCCAAAGCUAAAUACUUAAAAUCUGCUGAAAGGCUUUUAAUUUAACUUUACUAUUAUAUUUAGUUCAUUUUGGCUUUAAUAAUAAAAAACUUCUUCGGUGAAA